GAGAGCAGUUGACCCGGAAGUGGAUGAGCGGGGUGGCUGGGGGUCGUGUUUCGGUGUCGAGGGUGGCGGGUCUGUCCUUACUUCAAGAUGUCGAUCGAAAUCGAGUCCUCGGAUGUUAUCCGUUUGAUCAUGCAAUAUCUGAAGGAGAACAGCCUUCAUCGUGCUCUGGCUAUAUUGCAAGAGGAAACUACAGUGUCUCUGAAUACGGUGGACAGCAUUGAGAGCUUUGUGGCAGAUAUUAACAGUGGCCAUUGGGAUACAGUACUGCAGGCAAUACAGUCACUAAAGUUGCCAGACAAAACACUCAUUGAUCUGUAUGAACAGGUUGUUCUGGAACUGAUAGAACUUCGUGAAUUGGGUGCUGCUAGAUCUCUUCUGAGACAGACUGAUCCAAUGAUCAUGUUAAAGCAAACCCAACCAGAGCGAUAUAUUCAUCUUGAGAACCUUUUGGCUAGGUCCUAUUUUGACCCACGUGAGGCAUACCCAGAUGGAAGCAGCAAAGAGAAGCGGAGAGCUGCCAUUGCCCAGGCUUUGGCUGGUGAAGUUAGUGUGGUACCUCCAUCUCGUCUUAUGGCGUUAUUAGGACAGGCCUUGAAAUGGCAGCAGCAUCAGGGGCUACUUCCCCCUGGUAUGACAAUUGACUUGUUCAGAGGAAAAGCAGCUGUCAAAGAUGUGGAAGAGGAAAAAUUCCCCACGCAGCUGAGUAGACAUAUUAAGUUCGGUCAAAAGUCUCAUGUGGAAUGUGCUCGAUUUUCUCCGGAUGGUCAGUAUCUGGUCACUGGUUCUGUGGAUGGAUUUAUUGAAGUCUGGAACUUUACUACUGGGAAAAUCAGGAAGGAUCUGAAAUACCAGGCACAGGAUAAUUUUAUGAUGAUGGAUGAUGCAGUGCUGUGCAUGUGUUUCAGCAGAGACACUGAAAUGUUAGCAACUGGAGCACAAGAUGGAAAAAUCAAGGUGUGGAAGAUUCAGAGUGGGCAGUGUCUGAGGCGAUUUGAAAGAGCCCAUAGCAAAGGUGUCACCUGCCUGAGCUUCUCAAAGGAUAGCAGUCAGAUUCUGAGUGCCGCCUUCGAUCAGACAAUCAGGAUUCAUGGCCUGAAAUCAGGGAAGACACUCAAAGAAUUUCGUGGUCAUUCCUCAUUUGUUAAUGAAGCUACAUUUACACAAGAUGGACAUUAUAUUAUUAGUGCAUCCUCUGAUGGCACUGUGAAGGUUUGGAAUAUGAAGACUACAGAAUGCUGUAACACCUUCAAAUCCCUGGGUAGCACUGCUGGAACAGACAUCACUGUGAACAGUGUGAUUCUCCUGCCUAAAAAUCCAGAGCACUUUGUUGUUUGUAACAGAUCAAAUACAGUUGUCAUCAUGAACAUGCAGGGGCAAAUUGUGAGAAGUUUCAGCUCUGGUAAGAGAGAAGGUGGUGACUUUGUCUGCUGUGCCCUUUCUCCUCGAGGCGAGUGGAUCUACUGUGUGGGUGAAGAUUUUGUCCUCUACUGUUUCAGCACAGUGACUGGCAAGCUGGAGAGAACACUGACGGUUCAUGAAAAGGAUGUCAUCGGUAUUGCUCACCAUCCCCAUCAGAAUUUGAUUGCUACCUAUAGUGAAGAUGGGUUGUUGAAGCUGUGGAAACCAUAGAACUGCAUAAAUUCCUUCAGCAUAUGGCUUCUGAAUCCCUGGGAAGUGUGUACCAUGUGCAGGGGAUAUGUUUCCAAAAAGAUUCUAAAAAGGCUUGUUUUAAUUUAUACUGAAUUUCAUAUUCAGAUGUUUCAAGAGGAACCUUUAGCUAUAUAUAUCGCUAGUUGUGUAUGCAAAUUGAAAAAUCAGUUCAAUUUCUAUAAAUGUUCUUUUCAUAUGUUUCAUUUCUGCUUCUUAUGUGAAUGACAUUACUUCUACAUAUUUUUGGAUUUUUUAAAAAAUAAAAUGAGAUGAAUUCUUUUAGUUAAGGGAAAAAUGAAGAGCAAAUACAUGCAGUUUUACCGUUUAAAAUGGCAUGUUAAAAAUUCUGGCAGUAUUCAUGGAAAUGUAAAGCAUAUAUUUAAACAUUGUCUGUUGAAAGUUAUGAUCUUGCAGAUUAUGUUAACUUGGCUGAGUGAGACCCCUUGUUAUUAAGGUAAAUGCACCACUUAAUGGGAAUUUUGAGGGGCUGGGAAUUCCUGCUCUGGUUAAAUGUUAAUUUCCCUCUCCUAUUUAGAAUAUAUAAAUUGUCUUGAAUAGGAUAGAAACUAAUUGCUAUUGUUUUGUAGAUUUUUUGAUGUUCUGAAAUAUACUGAGUUUAUGUUAUAAGCUUCAUCUUAUUUUCAGAAAAUAAGAAAUAAGAAAAUAUUUUUUCCCUUGAAGAAUUGCAAUUUUGCUGUUCAAAAUGGACAUUUUGUUUCUAAAUUUGUGCAAUUUUUUUGUAGCUCCUUUUUUAAAAAAAACACCUGCCUGUUAUACAAUAAAAUAUUUCUUAAAGAGG